AUGUUCGACUUGGACGAGCUCAUGAAGACCAUCUUCCAAGAGCUCCGUGAUGGAGUGUCGUUCCUGGACUCUGACGGCCCCUUGGACAUGACGGACUUUGAUGAUUUUCCUGAUGCACCCAACGUCGGGAAUACUUCCCAUACGGUGGACGAAACUACCACCACGGGCGCGGAGCUGGUACCAGCUGAAGGGACGAAGGAGGAAGCCGAUCUGAUACGGAUGCUGGAGGAGAAUGGCCUUCUAGUGAACACCGAUAGGCCGAAUCUCAAUUACUGUAACGAUCAAGGCUCCCUCGCUCAGCGGACGUUGAUUGCAAUGCCUUUCGCGGAGACAUUCGUACCCGAUGGAAGUGGAAGUCUGCCCGAGGUGGCGAUGAUGUCCCAGAGCAUCCAGCAGAGUAAGUCCAUCGACGUCUGCUACAACUUGUGGUGCCCUCCUGCACAUAGGCCGUUCGCGAUGGAUAAUGAUGCGGUGCCACUGCCGCCCAUUAGCCACAGGAAGAGGCGCGCGGAGGACGAUGCCACAGAGUGGUUUACGUCCAAAAGCGGGAGGAGGGACGGUAUGAGCGUAGUGGAGCGGAUCCCUCCCCCAACUCUGCCGCAAACAAGUUUCAGUAGGUUCGCCACAGCCUACGAAGCUACCGAGGGCAAUGCUCUGAGAAACAACAAAAAAACAACAAGAACUUUUGGCGGCGAGGAAAUUCUCUUCGCCGCCGAUUCGGUCCCAGUCGCUGUCCCGUUGUUGAUCCAAGAGCCUUGGCCCACGAUGACAUCGACCGCCGCACCAGCGACGCAUCCGUAUCAUCCGCAGGCAUCGUAUAUGACUGCUGGGUACAGCGGUCAAGCCUUCCCUCAUUCAUUGAGCUCAUUUGGCGCACAGCCCACCUUCCAGCAAGCCGUGCCAAUGCUUCCAUGGGGUGCAGCGUCAGAGAGCCGUCAACGUUUCGACACGAUGCCGCAUAUACCGACAGGAAAUGGAGUCUACUUUCCUCAACCUCCUUUUGGCACUACAGGGCCAUCGAUGAUACACGACACUUCCUUGCGAUGGAUGGCGAGUGCUCAGGCAGAAGAUCCGUUCUUGCUGCGGACGAUGCCUUCAAUGCCCGUCGAGAGCAGCCUAGAUGCGUCCUUGGCGCAAACACUACCCAGCUACCCAUCAAGGAUGAGAGAGCCUCAUCGGGUGCUCCACACCAGUGCCACAGAGCCCCAGACUUUCACAUUCCCUGUCGCUGCGCCCACAUUCGGCGCAGUACCAUGCCCUUCAGACGAUCGACUCCCUUCAGUCGCGAACCCAUCGCAGACAGUCAGUUCGUCCACCUCGUCGACAGCGCCAUCGGCUGCGAAGCCGAAAAGGAAAAAACAGCCGCCUCGGGCAUCCGGCAUGACUUCAUCGUCUAAGAUACCAUCGACCUCCAAGCCGAAAAAGCAAAAACAGCCACCUCGGGCAUCCGACACGACUUCAUCGUCUAACAUGCCAUCAACCUCCAAGCCGAAAAAGAAAAAACAGCCGCCUCGGGCAUCCGGCACGACAUCCAAGGCGCCAUCCACCUCCAAGCCGAAAAGGAAGAAACAAGCCCCUGCUCAGACAUCGGGCUCGUCCUCAUCGACAGCGCCCUCAUGCGUGGGCCCCAUAAAGCGCAGACGGCCUCCUCAGACCCCAUACGACCCGGACGGGGUCGGGUGCCAUAUCUGCAAGGGAGGCUUCACGAGGCCCUCGGAGGUGACCAAGCACUUGAGGACGAAGAAGCACCGCCUGAACGAGCUCGCGAUGAUGUUCCCAGGCCUGAAGAUGUCGCAGCCGAAGAAUGAUAUCAUAUGCCCCAUUGACAAGUGCGAUGAGGUGGCGGUGGAAUCAUGGCUGAUGAAACAACACCUGGAAGAGAAACACGGAUUGAUUGCGAAGAAUGUGAGCGCGACGAAUGUGAAUGAUGCAGAUGUGGAGAAAGGGGACGAUGUAGAUACGGAUGAAGAUGAGUCGGAUUGA